AUGCUGCCUACUCCUGUGGAGAAGGGUCCUGUUCCUUGGCAUGCAGUUGACCGCUUAGACAUUUGGGUCCCUCUUCUUUUCCGGGCAAAGUUCAUCAUAAACUGGCCCGGUGGCGCGUGCAGACUGUCCCGGGCCGAGUCGGAGCGCCGCUGCAGGGCUCCGGGGCAGCCGCCAGGGGGCGCGCUGUGCCACGGCCGGGGCCACUGCGACUGCGGGGUCUGCAUCUGCCACGUGAGCGAGCCGGGCAUGUACUUCGGGCCCCUGUGCGAGUGUCACGAGUGGGUGUGUGAGACCUACAACGGGACCACCUGUGCAGGCCACGGAAAGUGUGAUUGUGGCAAGUGCAAAUGUGACGCAGGUUGGUCUGGGAACGUUUGCCAGUACCCAACGCACUGUGACCUGACAAAGAAAAAAAGUAACCAAAUGUGCAAGAAUUAUCAAGAUAUCAUCUGCUCUAAUGCAGGUACAUGUCACUGUGGCAGGUGUAAGUGUGAUAAUUCUGAUGGAAAUGGACUCAUUUAUGGUAAAUUUUGUGAGUGUGAUGACAGAGAAUGCAUUGAUGAUGAAACAGAAGAAGUAUGUGGAGGCCAUGGAAAGUGUUACUGUGGAAACUGUUACUGCGAGGCUGGUUGGCAUGGAGAUAAAUGUGAAUUCCAGUGCGCGAUCACCCCCUGGGAGAGCAAGCGCGGAUGCUCGGCUCCCGACGGCAGAAUCUGCAGCAACAGAGGAACUUGUGUGUGUGGUGAAUGUUCCUGCCACGAUGUUGACCCCACAGGAGACUGGGGAGACAUCCAUGGGGACACCUGUGAGUGUGAUGAGCGAGACUGCAGAGCUGUCUACGACAGAUACUCAGAUGACUUCUGUUCCGGUCACGGGCAGUGUAACUGUGGAAGAUGUGACUGCAAAGUUGGCUGGUAUGGGAAAAAGUGUGAACACCCACGGUCUUGCCCACUGUCCGAGGAGGAGAGCAUCCAGAAGUGCCAAGGAAGCUCUGAGCUGCCCUGUUCUGGAAGGGGUAAGUGUGAAUGUGGCAGAUGCACUUGCUACCCACCGGGAGAUCACAGGGUGUACGGCAAGACCUGUGAGUGUGAUGAUCGGCGCUGUGAGGACCUGGAGGGCGUGGUGUGUGGAGGUCAUGGCACUUGUUCCUGCGGCCUCUGUGUGUGUGAGAAAGGCUGGUUUGGGAAGCUCUGUCAACACCCACGCAAGUGUAACCUGACGGAGGAACAGAGCAAGAGUUUGUGUGAAUCAGCGGAUGGUACACUGUGCUCGGGAAAGGGCUCCUGUCACUGUGGAAAGUGCAUUUGUUCUUCUAAGGAGUGGUAUGUUUCUGGAGAAUUCUGUGACUGUGAUGACAGAGACUGUGACCAGCACGACGGUCUUAUCUGCACAGGGAAUGGACUCUGUAGCUGUGGAAACUGUGAAUGCUGGGAUGGAUGGACUGGAAAUGCAUGUGAGAUCUGGCUUGGCACAGAAUACCCAUAACAACCACUUGAGAGAGGACUGGAUUCCUAUCUAGUCCCUUAGAAUAUUAAGUGCGAAGGAAACUAUGUAUAAUCCCCACUAGAACAGGUCAAACAGACGAUUGUAUAUUCUUCUAUUUCUGAAAGCCUGGGUGAAAUGGAGAUGCUGAUUGAAAAUGAGUUAAGAGCA